CAGUGGACAGAUAAAGUCACCACCUGAUCAUUUGAUUGUGAUUGUUUUUCUAUCACAAUCAUGGAGAAGAUACUUAUUUCCAUAUAUCUGAGGAUGGUUUGACAUGGAAUGUGAAAUACAUUAAUUUGGAUGCUAUGGAUAUUCACUUGUCUCAAACAUAACGAUCACUCCUUGGGUCUAGCUCUGCUUGGUCUUUUGUUUUUCUACGCUCAAGAAUCGUUAACAUGCAUUAUGACAGCCUUUUUCUCCUAGUUGACAAACAAUCUCAGGUAGUUCAUUCUGAUUGGAACCCUGAUAUCUACCUUCCUUUGAGCCUAACCCACCCCUUCCUUGCUUUUGAGAUUCUAAAUAGGUCACUGCAGGGAAAAGAUGAUGGAAGAAAAAUGGGGAUUAUGGGAAAAGUCAGAUUUGAUGACCGCACAUGCAUUUUAUCUCAUUCAAUGCACGCAAACGGAAACGUGGACUGAAAUUUCAAAUUUAAAUUUGGUGUGGGGAAUGUGGCCCUAACAUGUUUCUCUUGUAACUGUUACUUUGGACUGUACAUGCAUAUGCACAUGUUCCUUCAAGAAUAUUCUCUGCUAGAUGUUCUUUUCUUUUCGAGUUUAGUACGGCUAGAGUCUUGUCUGAACUAUUACCAUGAAUUAUUUCUCAACUAGUUUGUUCAACUAUUCAAAGCUCUAUUUGAUUAUAGUAAAUCAACCUAAUUUUA